AGAACGCAGCGUCACAGGGAAGCAUUGCACGGAGCUCACAGCUGCACCAGCUACAGCAAUCUGUUCUAUCCAUAAAAUGUCUGCCGAGCUGUACACUGUGAGUGGACCAGGUGGGAAUGAUGCAAGUCUUCAAGGCAGCACAGUGGGGGGAAGCAAACCUUUACAUCGCUUCAUGAAAGGGCAACCCAAGACUAUUGGCGUCGUUGUGUUGGUCUUGGGCUCGUCUUUCUUUAUCAUUUCAGCUGCAAUGACAGAAGAACUCUUUAAUGAGCCUCCGUGGAGAAUCAACCCAUCUGGCUUUAUUCAGGCAAUUCUGCUCAUCAUAUGUGGGAUUAUGUAUAUUCUGACAGAGCACAAUCCAACCAAGAAAACCGUCACCAUAUCUUUGGCGCUGAGUAUUGUGUCGAUACUCGCGACAUUGUGGACUGACUUGCACAUCCUGCCCGAAUUAAUACACAGCCACGUCUACAUGCAUUACACCAGCACAGAGACAGGAGAAGGAUUAUGGAGUACACAUUAUGAGGCCAUGGAUAGGAGCUUGGAAUGGAUCUUUGUAUUCUACACUUUUGUUGCUGCAAUUAUUUUAAUUGUAAUGUCAACUCUGGCUGGAGCUGCCCUUCGAUCCGCAAAGAGUCAGGCUGUUGUCAUGAUGAUGGCUGCACCACCUGAAACUCCAGCAGAAUGAAGCCUGCAACAUAAAUGUCUGAGGUGGAACAACGUGAGAAGAGAGAAGAACUAUGAAGCAACAUGUUCCUUGAGCCCUAAAUAUUAACCAGCACUAACUAUCUUUAUAUACAAGCCUAAACAGAUUGUAUGUAUGUCUGAUUCGUGGUGUUUCUGUGAUCUAUUACUUGACUUUAUCAACAAGGACCUGCUGUUUACUCUGCAGCCAGCAGGCGGCGUUGAUUUUCUUCCCUGUUAUGUUUACACAGCGACGCCACAGGACGACAGUCCGGGUGAAACUGAGAACCUCCGGCUGCCCAUGACACUUUUAUGUGUUUUUUUUUUAAAUAUGUAAGUUCUUCUUUAAACAGCAACUCAAACACUGUGACACCUUAACACACUGUCCUCUCUUCACAGAAGAUAGAACGCGAGACAUACCAAAAGAGAGCAGGGAGUGCAGUGGUAUUCAUAUCAUAACGUGUGUGUCCCGCCUGUGCAUCUGUCACCAUGAGUUUGCAAAAAAUAAUUUUAGGUGACGUUUUGAUUAUGUGUGAGACUGACUCAAGUUUAGCAUUUUGUGAAUUUAUGUUUUCACUUUAUUUAAUAAAAGAUGCUGGAAAGCGAGUAGGCUGUUAUGGUGAGACCCCAGGCCAACAGUGGCGCCCCCUGUUGGGCUCCACUGUGUCUCCCACACACAGCCUUUUCAGCAUUUUAUUCAGAGACUAGGUGCAAACCAAACUUAAUAAAUACAAACAUAAAUUCAGCAAUUUCUGCUUGCGUGUAGUCUCUCUCUCUCUCUCUCUCUCUCUCUCUCUCUCUCUCUCCACACGUGUAGACUUUCCUUUAUUAAACGCUGUCAACUUCAAUUUUCACUUUGGAUUAACACAAAUGAAAUGUUAACACAAACCCAUACAAGGUUUAAUUGUUCAUAAACAAAAAAAGACAAUGAAAUGCAUUUAUAAAACAAUGAAGAUACUGUUAAAUCUUUUACUAUGAACAACACCUCUUGCCUGACAAUCUCCAAAAUUUGUAUGAAAAGCAGCUGUUUUACAAGAUCCCUGUAACAGUUCAAAAUUAACUGUGAAAACUCAAGAGCAAUAAAGGAGAAAGUAUUUCAGUUCA